AUGAUUGGUAUAAUCGCCGUUCCUAUUGUUUUUCUGAUAUACAACUAUGUUAUUUAUCCACUUUUUUUCAAUCCGCUGAUAAGGCAAGGUAUCCCAGGACCACUACACUAUAAGUUAUCCAGUUUCUUCAUUUUGAAUGACUCACGAUUGGAAAAGCGGAAUGCACUAUUGCAGAAGCUCCAUCUCAAGUAUGGGCCUGUCGUGAUGAUCGGUCCCAAUGAAGUAUCACUGAAUACAGUUGACCUAAUGAAGAAAGUGUACUUGGGUAAUUAUCCCAAAGAAUUCGAGAAGAAAGGAAAGACGGUACUCGGAUUCUACUCUCAAUUUGGAAAUUUCGGGCAACGUAACAUGUUCAGCACAGGUGAUUCCAAAACACACAUUUUACGCAAGCGCCCGCUACAGAAGAUAUACUCGAAGAGCUCAAUUUUAGGAGCACAAGAAUUUAUCAAAGCAAAGGUCUCAAAUAUUACUAAGAAAAUUGAUCAGUUAGGCCCAGAUGUCAAUGUGGACGUCUAUUCAUUAUUUAUAUCAAUGGCAAUGGAUGUGGUAAGCGGUUUCGAAUAUGGUACCAAAUUUGCAACGGACUUUGUAGAGAAGUUGCCCCAUACAUCCAAAACUUUGGAGGUGGAGGGUAGCAUCUUCAAUUCCUUCAGAAACAGCAGCUCGAUGUGGUUUUAUACUACAUUAUUGCCUUCAUUAUGGACACCAGUGGCACGGUGGUGUGGAAUCGAGGAAUCCGUUGGCUAUGCGCAGGACUGGAUCUAUGCAAAGUUUUGUGAUGCAAUGGACGCCCUUGUCUCAGGAGAUGACGCGAGCGACCCUGACUAUCCAGUUCCGAAUGUUAUUUCAACAAUGUGGGACGGGCUACGUGAUAAAUCCAAGCAGAGUGUACAAGGGACGUUACCACCGAACAGGAAUCGCGGGCACUCGUAUCAAGUGGAGGGCAUUCCAUCGUCCCAGAUUAACAGCAUUGCGAGUGAAAUUGCAGAUCAUGUGGCUGCAGGGCAUGAAACUACCGGGAUUACACUUGCUUACAUCACAUGGGAGUUGUCUAGACCUGCCAACGCCCAUUGGCAACAAAAAUUGAGACAAGAGGUGGCAGGUAUUGACGAUCUUUCUGAACUCGACAAAUUACCAAUUUUGCAUGCUAUUGUACAGGAAGCUCUUCGACUCCAUGCUGCAAUCCCAGGAAGCGAGCCACGGUUUGUUCCACCUGGAAAAUCACUAGAUGUGACUGUAGCCGGACGCAGCAAAAUCAUUCCGGAGGGUACCAUGGUUUCGUGUCAACCCUUUUCAUUGCAUCUGCUUCCUGUCUUUGGUUCAGAUGUAUACAAAUUCCGGCCAGAAAGGUGGCUGCAGGACGAGAAUGAGACACCCGAACAGUACAAUCAACGGAUUCACCGCAUAAAUGGCAGUAUGUUCGUGUUUGGACAGGGCAAUCGUAUGUGUCUGGGUAUGCAUUUGGCACAGUGCGAAAUGAAGAUGUGUCUUGCGGAAAUAUACUCCAAGUUCAAGACCAAAGUGAGUCCAGACUGGUGCUCCAAAGUCGUACAGGACAACAGCGACGUUAAAACAGGCUAUUCUGAGCUUCCCAUGAGAUACAAAUCGAGUGGCUACCAGGAGCUUACGGAUGUGGACAAAAUGGCGAUGGCAGACACCUACACGACGCGGCCUAUGUUUGACGAAUGUUGGCUCCAAUUCGAUCGCUGGUGA